AUGGCAGCUCCUCGUCAAUGGGGCAUCACACCGCCCGUCUCGACCGCCUUCCCUACCGACAAAGACCUCGCCCUGAGUGAAGCUCUCCUCGCCGAGCUCAAGGAACAAAAGAGUUUCGAAUCCACCCAAGACACCAACAAGCGAGUCGCUGUCCUGGCCACCUUCCAAAAGGUCGUCACCGAGUUUGUCAAGCAUGUCGGCAGAAUAAAGGGUCUUUCCGACAGCGUCUUGCAGAAUGCUGGAGGCAAGGUCUUUACCUUUGGCAGUUAUCGUCUCGGUGUCUACAGUCCAGGCUCCGAUAUCGAUACCCUCGUUGUCGCGCCCAAGCAUGUGUCCCGCGACGACUUCUUCGAGCACUUCCGUGGCAUCCUCGAGUCCAUGUCGCCGCCCGGAUCCAUUGAAAAGUGCACUGCUGUGCCAGAAGCUCAUGUCCCCAUCAUGAAGCUCGUCUAUCAAAACAUCGAGAUCGAUCUCAUCUUUGCUCGUCUGCAGCUCAACUCGAUCCCGCCAAACCUCGAUCUGGAAGACAACAGUCUGCUACGCGGCUUGGACGAAGCAGAUUUGCGCUCCGUCAAUGGAACCAGAGUCACUGACGACGUCUUGCGUCUUGUGCCCCAGGAAAAGACAUUCCGCCAUGCCCUGCGUUGUGUCAAGCUCUGGGCCAGUCGCCGUGCCAUCUACGGCAACAUCAUUGGCUUUCCUGGAGGAAUUGCUUGGGCCAUCAUGGUCGCUCGCAUUGCCCAGCUCUAUCCUCACGCUUCUGGCUCUCUGAUUGUCGCCCGCUUCUUCCAGCUCAUGAAGGGCUGGGCUUGGCCUAUGCCUGUUCAGCUCAGAGUCAUCGAGUCUGGUCCUCUUGAUCAUUCCGCAAAGAUCUGGAACCCCAAGAUCUACCCUGGCGAUGGACGUCAUCUCAUGCCUCUCAUUACUCCUGCCUAUCCCUCCAUGUGCGCUACUCACAACAUCACAAAGUCUACCCUGAGUGUCAUCACUCGCGAACUCGAACGCGGCCACGAGAUCUGCACCAAUAUCUUCGACGACAAGAUGCAAUGGAAGCAUCUAUUCGAGGGCCAUACCUUCUUCACAAAGGACUUCAAGUAUUAUCUUAGUGUGGUUUCGGGAAGUCUAAAUGAAGAGGCUCAGGGUGACUGGAAAGGCUUGGUCCAGUCCAAGGUCAGAAGACUCAUCGGCAGUAUCGAGCAGUCUCAGGAGAAUGUCGCUUAUGCUCGUCCCUUCACCAAAGGCUACGAACGCGUACAUCGCGUUAGAAACGAUGACGAGAAGGAUAAAGUCAUGCAAGGCAGCACAGCAUAUCAAGUCUCCAAGACCGAGACUGUCGAUGAAGCACAGAACGUCAAGCAAUUGUCCGCUGAGCAGACCUCUCUCGACAACAUCGACGAGCCUGUCACCAAGGUCGAAAAGCCCGACGAGAAAGAAAAUGGCAUGACCAACAUCUGGACCACAACCUACUACGUCGGAAUUGAGCUGGUUCCAGGUGCGAAAUCGCUCGACAUUGCUUAUCCAGUACAGGACUUUAGGCAGCAGUGUACCCAGGCUACGCAGUACAACGAAGAAGUCAACUCGAUCCGCGUUAUUGUUGUAAAGAGCUACGACCUACCCGAAGACGUCUUCAAGGAAGGCGAGCAGCGUCCCGUCAAAACAAAGAAGGUCAAGGCCAAUGGAACCAAGAAGCGAAACGCCGGCGAAGCCAAUCUGGACGUACGUAUACAAUCACGAUGUCGACAAAGGAAUAUGCCGGUCGGGAUCUCAUGA